AUGUUUGGUCGGUGUUCGGCGCAGUCCCGAAACCGUUCGGGCGCUAUAAUCUCAUACUCCCCGUUGCUUCUCAAGCCACCUCUAGCAUAUCAUUUUGGAGCCCACUGCGAGGGGUUAGUAUUCAAAAUUACCGCAAGGAAUCUACGUCGCUCGUCCCGACCAACAGCGGAGCGCGAAGAACGACAAACAGUUAUCGACAGCUUCAAUACGCAGGAAACCUCUGCCGACCGAAGUUUGUUCGGAGACGCCGAUAUAGUCCCAGACCAUUUAUCCCACCAUCACUACCUUGAUCUCAAAUCCCCACCAUCGCUCUCGCCGCCACCCGACUCCACUUUUUUCUUAACCCCACCUUCGUCGCCGAACCGAUCGUUACUCUCACCGAUUUCCCCCAUCCUUGACCUUGCACUCUUAGAACAAUCACCCCCGUCUCCUAUACCAUCUCUCCACGACUCCAUCUCUCCGUUAAUCCCACGCAGCCCCGUCUUCUGGACGCCGACCAUACGACCAACUGCACUAGAACGCUCCUUCGAACCAGCGACUCCAUCCCCGAUCACCUUAGCAAACAAUACCUUCUCCCCCACCUUUGACUUUAUCACUAUGGCAACUCCAUCCAUGCCCGCUCGUGGAGAUCGAACGGCCCCGACCUUUGACCCCCAUCAACCCCGCGAAUUGAGACGAUAUUUUGCCGACCUAGACUUCCACUUUGGUCGAUCAGCGAUAGAAGACGACCAGGAAAAGAAGAAACACGCUUGCCGAUUCCUGGACGUCAACACCUGCGAGCUUUGGGAAUCGCUCACCACUUUCACCAACGCCACGAAGACAUUCAAGGAGUUCUGCAAAGAAGUCUACAGACUGUGCCCCGGUGAUACGCUAGAGGUGGCUCUAAGUGCCGAGCACAACACCAAAACAACCUCUAAUGCAGGGGGUGCUGGAGCUAGUAUCUAA